GGAAAAUUUAUUCACUUGUAAUUUGAAAAUAUUCAAAAUAUGAAAACUAGUGAUAUGAGAGGAGCUUUUGCUUUUUAUGGAAGUAUUCUAGCCUUUAAAACUUUAAUUCUUGCAGGGGUUACAAUUAUCAAGCGCUUGCAAAACAAGUCUUUCUGUAAAGAUCAACCACAUCCUGAGGUACAAUCUAUACAGAGAUGUCAUUCAAAUGAUUUAGAAAAUUUGGUACCAUUUCUAUUUCUUGGUCUACUUUACUGUAGUACAGAUGCACCAGCUAUAGUUGGAUUAUGGCAUUUUAGAAUUUUUGCACUAGCUCGAAUAUUACAUACACCAGCUUAUUUAUUUACAGAUGGAAGAUUUCCUAGAGGAUUAAUAUUUCUUAUUGGUUAUCUUAUUAAUAUUUCAUUAGCAUUAAAAUGUAUUACAUAUUUUUCUGGAAUAUGGUAAACAUUAAUGAUUAGACGAUUUACCUCAGGGGAAUUUUGUAUUUCGUUGCUUUUUUUUAUUGUUUCUUUGUUUCUUUAAUAAUAUGUUCAUAU